AGUUUUUGUAAAUUUGUCCUCGAGGUUCCAAACUAGUUAAAACUGACUGAUGUAAGUCGUAAUUAAGUGUCUAAUACAUUGUACAUAUAAAAUUAAAUAAUUUAUUGAACUAAUCUUAUAAUUUUUGUCAAUAUAAAAUGAAUAGAAACAAUGUUUUGAUAAAAUCCUGUUUGAUUAAUAAUCAGUUCCGCAGAUACGUAGCUACUACAGAGAAACCAAAAGAAACUAUACCUAAUGUUAAAGGGUUGAGUUCUAAGGUUAUCAUUGCUAGUCCACCACCAGAACGUAUAAAGAAAGCUGCUGCAAACGGUCCUUAUAAAAAUCCACAAUACUUCAGUUACCACAAGAAUUCGUAUUUUGAUGCUGAAAUUGAAAUGCACAAAUAUAGAUUGCCACAGCCUUCAAGUUUAAAGUAGAUAAAUAAUAUUUACCAUGGCUCUUUAUAGAAUAUUGUUAAGAUAUGUGCCUAUGGUUACUUUUCCAGUAGCUUUUGUGGUUGGAAUUAUUGGUUACAAU